CUAGGCUGCAACAUUAAUUACAGUUACAGAAAACUCUUUAUUAGUCUGUGGUUGAUGCAUAGUUAGCAGGUUUCUUUAGGUACCCGUGGACUUGCAAAGAAAGUUGCGUUUUGGUUUAUUGAUUACCAUGAAUUGUGAUUGUUGUGUUACAUUCCAAUUUAAAUUGAUAAAGAGCAUUCCACCAGAAGCAAGACCUGCCUCUCCAGAAAAUGUGAAAUUUGAAGAAUACAUCGCCCAAUUUAAAUUUUUUAGAUAUUAUCACACUUAAGAAGAAUUAGAAAUGUUUUACGUACGUGUUUUCAACAUGUGACCGUUAUGAACUCAUAACUUACAGAAUUUCUUUGUAAAUGCUCUAUUCCAUUUUUUGUUUCACAGGGAACCUCAAAGGGGUUCUAUCUCUUUAGGAUAUAUUAUCCACAAUUCCGUUCGUUUAGAGGGGUUCUAGAGGGCAAUCACAUAGUGUCACAGUGAUGAACUAAAACAUCACCCUUGUGAAGGGCCCUGAGCAGCAAACCGUCCAACAUUUUCUGCAAUACCCCCAUUGAAGAUCCCUAAGCAGUGUCCCUCGGUGUCAACUAAAAUAACUCCUAUAAUUUAGUUAAGGGUACCAUAAUGAUUGCCCUUUGCAAAUGUUUUUGGAAUGGCUCCACAGAAUCUAGUAUUCCGUAUAUCCAGCACAUGAAGAGUGCUAAAAUUUCCCAUGCACUGUGGAAGAACGGAGGUAUCUUCCCUGUGAAGGGAGGUAUUUUCCCUGUCAAACUGUUGUUUGAUAGAGAAAUUAAUCUCAUAUGAGGUAGUGGAACCGGUAGCGAUCUUUGGAACAAGUUGGAAUGAAGGUUUAGCUAUUCAAGAUUUAUUGAUGGAAGCUGCAUGGAGCGAAUUGUGGGAAACAUUCAGCCAAUACAAAUUUUCAUUUCCAAUUAGGAAUUUCACCGUGGUUUUAUUGUAAGAAAGAUCCGUUGGUCUGCAGAUCUUAAGAUACCUGAGAAUUAACUAAUGUUGCAACCAGAUAAUCCAAAAUACCAUAGUUGGGGAAAGAAUCCGAAAGGGUUUGAAUGCAUUGUACCAACUGGGAAAUUUCAGAUGGAAUAGGACAAUAAAGUUAGUGGGAGAUCAAGGUGUGCCAAACUGGGUAAUAGAUAAAAUCAGAAGAAAUUUGAGAAAAAUGAAAUAUCAUUGAAAGCUAAAUUGAGUAUUUUCGAUUGAAGAAGAAGAAACAGGGUAGAAUAGCUGUUAUUAAAAAGCUAACACAGCUAAGGUCGAGACCUAUCACAUAAUGUGUCACCAAAUUACAUAAUCUGAUUGUUUUAACAAUUAAGGGGACUUGAAAUCAGUGUUAGCUUAAAAAGGUUUCAUACUUAAGAGUCCUGCUAAUAGAAUAUGGGAUUUAAGAUACAUAAAUCCAGAUAGCCAGAGUCACCAAAACUGCACACGCAAGUCAUAACUCAAAUAUACCAAAUGUCUAUCAACACCAAUAAACGUACACUGCAUGAUAGCUUUGCUUCCCAACUAAUCUCUCAAUUCUUAUUAACAAUUGCUUAUUUCAGGUUUCACACUAACUCCCUCCAAUCUUUCAUUAAAUUUAACUUCAACAACUCUAUAAAAGUCUCAUCCAUCCUCAGCUUCUGCUUCAUUGUAAGAUAAACUAGUUUACACACGAUCUCUUCUGCCAGAAUUGUCGACAUGGGAAGUGAAAACAUACCUCAAGAAGCUUUCUCAAAGAUGCCAAACCCUUGCAAGGCUACUAUUCUUGCUCUCGGCAAGGCCUUCCCUCACCAGCUUGUUAUGCAGGACUACCUCGUUGAUAAGUAUUUCCAGAACACCAACUGCAAUGAUCCAGAGCUCAAGCAGAAGCUCACACGACUCUGCAAGACAACAACUGUUAAAACAAGGUAUGUGGUGAUGUCGGAAGAGAUCCUGGAGAAAUAUCCAGAGCUUGCUGUUGAAGGCCUACCUACAGUAAAGCAACGGCUGGAUAUUUGUAAUGAUGCUGUAACACAGAUGGCCAUUGAAGCUUCACAAACUUGCAUCAAGAAUUGGGGAAGACCCAUAUCAGAUAUAACCCACUUAGUCUAUGUUUCUUCAAGUGAAGCUAGGCUGCCUGGUGGUGAUCUUUACCUUGCCAGAGGACUUGGACUCAGCCCCAAAACUCAUCGAGUUAUGCUGUACUUUAUGGGCUGCUCUGGAGGCGUUGCUGGUCUUCGCGUAGCAAAAGACAUCGCUGAAAACAACCCUGGUAGUAGAGUUCUGUUAGCUACUUCAGAAACUACCAUUAUUGGGUUCAAACCGCCAAGUGCAGAUAGACCUUAUGACCUAGUUGGUGUUGCACUCUUUGGAGAUGGCGCUGGAGCCAUGAUAAUAGGAUCAGACCCAAAUUUAAUCACUGAAAAGCCUCUCUUUGAGCUCCACACAGCAAUUCAGAACUUCCUGCCAGAUACUGAAAAAAUUAUUGAUGGACGACUCACAGAAGAGGGCAUUACCUUCAAGCUUGCCAGAGAGCUUCCUCAGAUAAUUGAAGAUCACAUCGAGGGGUUCUGCAUGAGGUUGAUGGACACAGUUGCUCUGAGCAACAAGGAUUACAAUAAGAUGUUUUGGGCAGUUCAUCCCGGGGGCCCUGCAAUAUUGAAUAGGAUGGAAAAGAGACUUGAGUUGUUGCCAGAAAAACUGAAUGCCAGUAGAAGAGCUCUGAUGGACUAUGGCAAUGCUAGUAGUAACACAAUUGUGUAUGUGCUGGAGUACAUGAUUGAAGAGGGACUGAAGAUGAAAAAAGUGCAGCAAGGUCAAGGAGAAUGUGAGUGGGGUUUGAUAUUGGCUUUUGGUCCUGGAAUUACCUUUGAGGGAAUUCUUGCCAGGAACCUCACUGUCUGAAAACUUAACGGGGCCUCAAGUUCCGUUCAUACUAUGAGUCUUAUGUUCUCCUGAAACUAAGAAAAGUAUCACUAUAUAAUUCACAAAUUGCAUCUCUUGUUUCUGGGUUAAUGGAAAAAAACUUUCCUACUGCUAGAUUUA